GAGAGCUUCACUCUCUGAAAUCAGAGACAACUGUGUGUGUUUUGUAAAUGUUAUUAUUUCACGGAAGGCAGUGGGGAUUUAGAGGCCUGCAUGGAGUGGGGCUGUUGAAUGAUUUGGUACAAGAAGCUGCCUGACAUUCCUUGGUCAUAUAAUUUUUACCUAGAAAGAUAAUUCAGAGGGUGUUUUGAUAAUGCUGAUGGCUACGUGGCAGAUGUGCCUGCACUCUGGUCUGUAUCUCUGGUUGUACGUAUUCAUAUCUUUCUUUAAAGGUUGCACCUCUUGUGAGUCUGAAGAACGCCUGUUUCAUAAGCUGUUUUCUCAUUACAACCAGUUCAUCAGACCUGUAGAAAAUGUGUCUGAUCCUGUCACAGUGUAUUUUGAAGUGGCAAUUACCCAGCUGGCCAAUGUGGAUGAAGUUAAUCAGAUCAUGGAAACCAAUCUGUGGCUGCGCCAUAUUUGGAAUGAUUACAAGUUGCGUUGGAAUCCAGCAGAAUAUGAUGGAAUUGAAUUGCUUCGGGUCCCUGCCGAUAAAAUUUGGAAGCCUGAUAUUGUUCUCUAUAACAAUGCUGUUGGGGAUUUUCAAGUUGAAGGCAAGACAAAAGCCCUUCUUAAAUAUGAUGGCAUGAUAAGCUGGACCCCACCAGCUAUUUUCAAGAGCUCUUGUCCUAUGGACAUCACCUUUUUCCCUUUUGAUCAUCAGAAUUGUUCCUUGAAGUUUGGCUCCUGGACAUAUGACAAAGCGAAAAUUGACCUUUUAAUCGUUGGCUCAAAAGUGGACAUGAAUGACUUUUGGGAAAAUAGUGAAUGGGAGAUAGUUGAUGCUUCCGGCUAUAAGCAUGACAUAAAAUACAAUUGUUGUGAAGAGAUCUACACAGAUAUAACCUAUUCCUUUUACAUUAGGAGACUACCAAUGUUUUACACAAUUAACUUGAUAAUCCCUUGUCUCUUCAUUUCAUUUCUGACAGUUUUAGUCUUUUACCUGCCAUCUGACUGUGGAGAAAAGGUGACACUUUGCAUUUCAGUUCUGCUCUCUCUGACUGUGUUUUUGCUUGUAAUCACAGAAACUAUCCCUUCUACCUCCCUUGUAAUUCCUCUGGUAGGUGAAUACCUGUUGUUCACAAUGAUUUUUGUGACACUGUCCAUUGUUGUGACAGUGUUUGUGUUAAAUAUUCACUAUCGUACUCCCACAACACACACUAUGCCCAAGUGGGUCAAAACAGUUUUCCUCCAGAUGUUACCCAAAAUCCUAAUGAUGAGGAGGCCUCUGGAAAAGCAAAGGGAGAAACGUUCCGAUAAAAACUCUGAAGGGUUUGUCAAGAAGCCUGCCAAGAUCAAAUUUCCUGAAUGUGAAGAUCCUAAGUCAUUUGAAGAACAGGAAUGUUGCCAUUGUAACAAGUCCAAUGAGUUAUCUACCAGCAAGGAGAAAUUAAGUUAUCAGUCUUUAAAAUGGAUGACAGAACAUUUGGAGUACACAUCUGAAGUCAAAGAUGUGAUUGAUAGUGUCCAAUUUAUAGCAGAAAACAUGAGGAACCAAAAUGAAACAAAGGAGGUGGAAGAUGACUGGAAAUAUGUGGCCAUGGUAGUAGACCGAGUGUUUCUUUGGGUAUUUAUAAUCGUCUGUGUAUUUGGAACAGCGGGGCUAUUUCUACAACCACUUACUGGGAACACAGGAAAAUCCUAACUUUAUCUGCUUCCCUUUUAUUUUGCCUUCUGAAAUGUAGAUCCUAGAUUUGGUCAAUAUUACUCCACGCAAGGAAAAGGAGGUGAGGCCAUCUCCUGAGGCCUGAAAUUACCCAUAUCAACUUCCCUUCCACAUCCUCCUUUCCCUGCCUGCAUUUGCUAGGGAAGACUAUUAGCUUGAGGGAGGGAACUGUCCUAGCUGCAAGGUCCUUUUGUGACAUAGUAAAACUCCAUGGCAGUGGUGCCAAAAGGCUGGACUCUGACCUGCUGUGGUUUGUGCUAUAUUGGAUUUUUGCAGCUUCUCAUUAUUCUGUUUCAGACACUGGAUUUGACCCGUGUUAUGUCUGAACCAUGUCACGUCAAGCUAUGCUCUAUUGCUGUCUAUCAAUGUUGUAACACCAUCUGGUGUUGAAAUCACCUGUUUGCUCUUCCUGAAUCUUAUAAGACUUGUGAAAUAUUGUCAAUUGUGUCAUUCUGUGCAUGUCCCUGCAAUAUGAUUCAAAUAACUUAAUAAUAUACAGUAAAAUUAACAGGCAAAACCCAGGCAUGGAUAGAUUUCUUCUUUGAGUUUAUUAUUCAUUCAUUCAACAGAUAUAUAUUGAACAUCUGCUCUAGGUGAAACACUUGUUAGGCUCUAAUAGGGAUAGCAAAAGAAGUAAUCAACCUACUAUAUGCUAGGCACUUUGCUAGAUGCUAGGGUUAC